ACAAAGGUUUUAAAUAUAAAAGUUGCUGUGAAUAUGAUACGCAAAGAGCAAACUAACGUCUACGCGAUGACGUCAUCACGUCAGUACGUCAAUCCGGAAGUUUAUGUAAAUAAGGAAGAGCGGAUCUUAACUGGCUACUUUUUUUUUUUUCACGUGAAUAAACUUUUUACGAGAAAUUAAAAGAAGAUAUUAUAUAAUUGCGUUUAAAGUCACUUUACAGACAUGGUGUAUGUGUCGCGCGCUGCCUGGGGCGCUGUUCUCGGCUGUGGCCUCGUGGCGGCGCUAGCAGUAGGAACGGCGCACGGUGUGUUCCCGGCUCUCUGCGCCGUAGCUCUGAGCGUAGCUGCUGCUCUCUGUGGCGAGUGUGCGAGGGGAAACGGACGCAGUGUGUUCAGCAUCACACGUCACUACCUGUCCGUUAGACGUGUGAUCCGAGCAGGGAGACGGCAGAGAGACGUGCUGGAGAGAGAAACACUGAGCGUACGGAGAGUGCAAGAGGAGACGCUGCUCAGACGACUGAGAGAUGCAAAAAAUACACGCUACGGACUUGAGCAUCAAUUCAGUUCUGUCACAGACGUCACUGAUUUUCUAAAGCGCCACCCCGUCACCACAUACGCUCAUUAUGAGGAGCUAAUACGCCAAGUUGCCUCCGGCGAGGAAAAGAUUGUUGUCAUGGAGACACCCAAACUAACGAUGACCUCGGGGUCCUCAGGAUGCGGCAAGAUGCUCCUAAACACCAAAGAAACCAACAGUGACUAUGUACGGGGCAUGUCAGUGUGUGUAGAUGCCAUGGAGAAAUCUUUCCCCGGUGCAACGAGUGUUCUCCAGACGACUUUAAGACUGGUUUACCCAUCGCCUGAACGUUACUCUGAGGCUGGACUUCGAAUCGUGGAGUCACAGUUUUCUGCUAAACAUACACACCAGCUCUGCAUGAGUCCCGCAGCCGUCUUACAGGUGCAGAAUGAGCGCGAUGCUCUGUACCUUCACCUGCUCUUCAACCUCAGAGAUCGUCAUGUCGGCAUCUUGGAGUCCAGGUUCUCCUGCGCAGUCUACGACGCCUUCAGACUCCUGGAGGAGCAUUGGAAGGAGCUGGUUGCUGAUGUGGAAUCAGGUCGGAUCAGCUCCAGGCUUCCUCUGGAUGCUCGGCUGAGGUCGGAGCUGGAGAGGAAAAUGAAGCCGGAUCCUGUUAGGGCAGCAGAGCUCAGGACGGCCAUCACCGAGGGCUUUGAAGGCAUUGCUACAAGACUGUGGCCUCGUUUACAUCUCAUUCACACCAUCGACUCGGGGCCACAUCAGAUUUAUGCAGAGAAUCUCAGGCAGCACUACUGCAAGGGCGUGCCCUUCUAUUCUUCACUCUACUCUGGUUCUGAAGGUCUGAUUGGAGUGAACUUGUGGCCACUCCAGGACAGCAGACAUUACCUGCUCUGUCCUUGUUCCAUGUUCUUCGAGUUUCUCCCAGAGGAGCAUUUGGACACACAACACACACUCGACACACUGCUAAUGGACGAGGUGGAGGAGGGGAAAAACUACGAGCUGAUCAUCACCAAUGCUUCAGGACUCUUCAGAUAUCGCCUGGGAGACGUGGUGAAAGUGGUCGGGUUUCACAACCAGUGUCCAGUGGUGGAGUUUCUCUACAGACCCAGCCAGACGCUAAACACUCGAGGUGAAAAAGUAAACGAGGCCCUGUUUUUAGCUGCGCUGAGGAAAGCGGUGACUCAGUGGCCUGGUGCUAAACUGGUGGAUUACUGCUGUGCUGAGAGUGGAAUUCUGGGAGACUCAUCCGGAGGAGCUCAGCCUCAUUACCAAGUGUUCCUGGAGCUGCGAGGUGUCAGGAACCUCACGGAGGAACAGCGAUAUAAGUUGGACAUGUGUCUGCAGGCUGACUGCGCCCUCUACAAGUCGUUCCGGAUCAAAGGCAGCAUUGGACCAAUGAGAGUGCAGCUGGUUAGUGAAGGGGCGUUCCGUGAGUUGAGGAGUCACAUGAUUUCCUUCUGCCACGCCUCCACCAACACGUUUCAGAUGCAGCGCGUCAUCCGCAGGAAAGACUAUGCCGACUUCCUGCUGAGGAAAACGGUUUCCUGAUGGCGAGUACACACUCGGAAACAGUCGCAUGGUUUCUUCAGACACUGGACUGACUGACUGACAACGUUUCCAUUGUAAAAGCAAAACAAAAACAGCGCCGCAAUGCUUUCUGUGUAAAUUGUGCUUGUGACGCUUACAGUGAUGUCGACUGAUGAAUCAGCGAAAGCCAGCAGGAGGAGGUUUAAUGUGAAUAAGGCUAUUUGUAAGCUGAAGAACGUUAGCUAGCUAAUCGUGUCUGUUACGGGAAACUCCAGAGCAAGAAAGCGACCAAGGAAUCUCGUGACUUGACCUGGACUUUAGAUGAGUGUGAACGGUUCACUGAAACAGUCUAAACGAGGCGUAGCAAUCUAGCUAGCCAGCUAAGUCUGAUAAAUGAUUGAAAACUUACUUCACUGAUGUGAUCGUUAGCUACGUAGUGAAGCUGUAAAUCUAAACAAUUUAACAUGAGACAAACAUAACCGCGCUAGUGAAAGCUUUCUCCGAUUCUGAUUUCCAGCAGCAUUAAAAAAAAGGUAUUUUAGCCCAGCUUUUAAAAUGUAUAUAUACUGUAGUCUCUCCCCUCCUCUCUCUCUCUCUCUCUCUCUCUUUAUUACAGCAGACAUCGCUGACGCGUCUCCCCCAGGUGUCUAUAAAAUAUUCAGGAAAUGCACACAUUUGGCUAAAGGUGUAUUUUGGUCGUUAGUGUCUGUGUAUUUUGACUUGUUCCUCCUACAGAUGGUGCUGCAGCAUCUCUCUCUAACGCAGUUCACAAGUACAACAGAUCAUAUUUUUUUGUGUUUUGUGAAAAAAUAACUACCGGGAUUUGUUCUUUUGCAAAGUGCAGAAAAUAAUGGAGAGAGAAUGAGAUAAGAAUGCUAAACUGACAGAAAGGAUCUAUAAUAAUGAAAAAAGUAGUGAUG